GUCACGGAGGUUGUUACGAUCUGUCGUCAUUGUCGGCGUUGAUUAUUAGACAGUGCAGCGAGCGUGUGAAUGGAAUAGUGUUGAGUGGGAAUAGACGAAAGAUAGUCAGCUCGGAACGAGAUUAGUCGUCAGCAUUGGUCAGUUAUCGUGAUCUAGUAGGCUCAAGGAUUAAAAGGAGUUCCUCUGAAUCACAAGAUUUCGCAUCAACUCACGCCAAAACCAACGUCAAACGCUUCUUAUGCGCCUCCACCAUGCCGUCUGCACUUACACUUUCACUCACUGCGGGGCUGCUGGUGCUACUAUUCGCCACCAUCGAACCGUGUGAGGGUCAGGCACUGAUUACGGCAUUGGAUUCACCUCUCCUCACCAGCAAGUACCGGAAGCUGCGGGAACUGAUGUUUAACUUUAUCGGCCCCACGGGCAACAACAAGAACAAGUUUCUGGUUAAUCUUAAGAAGGGGAAACUGCAGCGUCAGUUUGGGGCGGAAGAUCCGUUCUUCUGCAACACGACGGGUAUGCGUAGCCCCACGGUGCCAUCCUCGGUGGACGAGCUACGCCCGGGAGACAUCGAUAUUGUCGGUGCCAUCGGGGACUCGCUAACGGCAGGGAAUGGAGCAAUGGCUACGAACAUGCUGGAGGUGCUGAUCGAGAACAAAGGACUCUCUUGGAGCAUCGGAGGGCAGGGUACAUGGCGCCAGUACCUUACGCUACCGAACAUACUGAAGGAGUUCAAUCCGAAGCUGUACGGUUAUCCGAUCACCGAUGGACUUUCGUCGAGAAAAUCUGCACUGUUCAAUGCCGCCGAAGGAGGUGCGAUGUCACAGGACAUACCGUACCAGGCACGCAACCUCGUCAAGCGGAUGCUCUCCGAUCGUAACGUAGACAUUGCGAAACACUGGAAGAUGAUUACGCUCAUGAUCGGGGGCAAUGAUUUCUGUGCCGAGAUCUGCUACAUGGCCACACCCGAGAAGAUACUGGAGUACCACGAGAAGAACAUCGUCAGUGCACUGCGCACCUUCCGCGAUUAUCUGCCUCGAACAUUCGUUAAUCUCGCGGCCAGUCCCAAGGUCGACCUGCUAGCCCGGUUCAAGAACAAACCGCAGGAGUGCGUCUCGAUGCACCGGAUCGAGUGUCCCUGUCUGAUUGCGUCGCGCUUUCGCAAGCAACGGAAGCGCUUCAUCAAGCUCAUCGAUGACUGGAACAUGCUACAGAUGGAGAUCGUUAGGCGGCCGGAAUUUCACACCAAGCCCGACUUUACCGUCGUCUAUCAACCGUUCGCGAUGAAUCUCACCUUUCCCGAGACACCGACCGGUGAUACGGACUUUACCUACAUGUCGCUCGACUGUUUCCACCUCAGCCAGAAAGGGUACGCGCUCGCUUCGAAUGCACUGUGGAACAAUAUGCUGGAACCGAUCGGCAGUAAGUCGCUGAGCUGGGAGCGUGAGUUCGAGCUGUUCCGGUGUCCCAGCGACAGCAUGCCUUUCCUUCGUACACCCGGAAAUAGCUAAACGCUAAACGGUGUCUCGGAGUGUCGCCGAGCGUUAGAAAUUUGGCCAGUUCGGCAUCGAUGGUCGAUGCCAAUGCCAGAAGCGAAUUGUGAUAUCAAACCGUUAGCAGUAAUUCAUCCAACCAGCUUUUGCUUUUCAUACUCGGUUAAG